AAGAAGUGAAAAGCCAUGGGCGUGUUUUCCGUUUUUAACGCCAGCGGCGUUUCGCAGGCUGGCUCCCUGCAGGACGGCGGCAACUGGACAGCUGCAACCCAGUUCAGCCAGCCGGGCUGGAGGAUUGCUCUGUGGGCCAUCACCUACUCCUUCAUCGUUGUCACAUCCAUCCUUGGCAAUGCCACCAUCAUCUGGAUUAUUCUGGCUCACAGGAGGAUGAGGACCGCGACCAAUUACUUCAUCGUGAACUUGGCCCUUUCGGACCUGCUGAUGUCCGCUUUCAACACCAUCUUCAAUUUUAUCUAUGCCAGCCACAAUGUCUGGUACUUUGGUGAGGAAUUCUGCAGGUUUCAGAACUGGUUCCCCAUCACUGCAGUGUUUGUGAGCAUUUACUCCAUGACAGCCGUGGCUGCAGAGAGGUACGUGGCCAUCAUUCACCCCUUCAAGCCCAGGCUGUCUGCUGGAAGCACCAGGGUCAUCAUUGGGAUCAUCUGGCUGGUGGCAUUCGGGCUUGCCUUCCCGCAGUGCUUCUACGCCGAGAUCACCGUGGACAACGGCACCAUGAAAUGCAUCGUGGUCUGGCCUGAUGAUGUUGGAUCCAAGCACCAGCUGGCGUACCACAUUGCCGUGAUUGUGUUGAUUUAUUUGCUGCCUUUAAUGGUGAUGUUUGUUGCAUACAGCAUUAUAGGAGUUACUCUGUGGAGCAGCACGGCUCCAGACAACCACCUGAACAGAGUCCACUACCAACACCAAGUUAAUGCCAAAAAAAAGUUUGUGAAGACGAUGGUGGUAGUGGUGAUCAUUUUUGCUGUCUGCUGGCUGCCCUAUCACAUAUACUUCAUCCUGGGGAGCUUCAAGGAAGACAUCUACCAGCAGAAGUACAUCCAGCAGGUGUACCUCGCAGUCUUCCUCCUCGCCAUGAGCUCAACAAUGUACAACCCCAUCAUCUACUGCUGCCUGAACCAGAGGUUUCGCUCUGGAUUCAAGCUAGCCUUCCGGUGGUGUCCCUGCAUAAAAGCAACAGAAAAAGACAAACUUAAACUUAUGUCCCCAUCCCUCUACCAGACAACCCACAGGAAGUCAAGAACAACAAGUUUCAACACAGAAACUCAGCUGAAUGAGAAAGAGAAGACAUCAUUUACCCUCACCCAAUUAACACUUUGAUUGCCUGCUCCUGGUUCUGGCUCCAUGCCCAUACACCAUGCCAAGGCAGCAGAUCUGAAGAAGCCUGAAAAGCAGGUCUUUUUCUCUGGAGCAACUGUUUCCUACAGGACUUCCUUAGAUGCCAUCAGCAUUGAAGGCAGUGUGUUGAUGACACUUAUAUCCAUGUAGGUCCAAGCUACAGAUACGAGUUUAGCCCUCCCUUACAUC